UUGAGGGGGGUGCCUGUGUCCCUGGAGGCUGGGGCGGGACUGGUGAAAACAGCGGUGGUGUAGGGGUCCUGCCUGCUUCUUCCCGGGGCUGGGCGCCAGGAAUUAGAUUUGCAGUGAAUCCUCCAAGAAAUGGCCACACAACUCAGACCAGCCAGUAAGAAAUGCACCGUGAUAGGUGGCUCAGGAUUCUUAGGCCAACACAUGGUGGAGAGGCUGCUGGAGAAAGGCUACACAGUCAAUGUGUUUGAUAUCCAAAAGGGGUUUGAGAAUGAUAAAGUGCAGUUUUUCCUGGGAGAUCUCUGCAGUAAAAAGGACCUGUUCCCAGCUCUACAAGGUGUGACAGUGGCUUUUCACUGUGCUUCACCAGCACCUUCCAGUGACAACAGGGAUCUGUUUUACAAGGUGAAUUUUAUGGGGACCAAAACUGUCAUUGAAGCCUGCAAAGAAGCUGGGGUUCAGAAACUGGUGUUAACCAGCAGUGCCAGUGUAGUCUUUGAGGGCACAGACAUCAAGAAUGGAACAGAAGACCUCCCUUAUGCAAAGAAGCCCAUCGACUACUACACAGAGACCAAGAUCCUGCAGGAGAAGGAAGUGUUAAAUGCUAAUGACCCAGAUGAUAAUUUCUUCACAACUGCCAUUCGCCCUCAUGGGAUAUUUGGUCCCAGGGACCUCCAGCUGGUUCCCAUCCUCAUUCAGGCAGCUAAAAGUGGCAAAAUGAAGUUCAUGAUUGGGGACGGGAAGAACCUAGUAGACUUUACCUUUGUGGAAAAUGUGGUCCAUGGGCACAUACUAGCUGCAGAGCAUCUUCAUAAAGACUCUCCCCUGUGUGGGAAGGCAUUUCACAUCACAAACGAUGAGCCAGUCCCUUUCUGGUCAUUCAUGUCUCGUAUCUUGACUAGCUUGAACUACGAUGCACCCAAAUACCAAAUACCCUAUUGGGUGGCAUAUUACUUAGCCCUCUUACUGUCUCUGGUGGUGCUGCUGCUGAGUCCACUCAUCACGAUCAAACCUACCUUCACCCCCAUGCGGGUAGCAUUAGCUGGGACAUUCCAUUACUACAGUUGCAAGAGGGCCAAAAGGGACAUGGGCUACAAGCCGGUGGUGAGCCUGGAUGAAGCAGUGGAGAGGACUAUCCAGAGCUAUUCCCACCUACGCCGGGCCAAGUAAGGAGACCCAGAGAAACCCCUCUAGCUAAUAAAUUUAACAAGGGCAUUGAAGAGACCCGAAUUCUCUGGACAGAUGAACCUUUCUUCAAGCCUCUCCUAGGGAUAACGAGUUUCUCUGGAUUGAAGGACUUCAUCCUGUAGUUGUACUAACAGCCCGUACCUCUCUGUGACUGCUUUGUGUGACAGCCUGUUCUAAAAUAGCUAUUGGCUGCUACUCUGUUUGAAUAAACACCCUAAUGUUUCCUCGUAAAAUAGUGAGCUAGCACAUCCAGAUUCCAUCCCCUGCUGUCUCCGCCCAUAACUUCUAUUUUGCUGCUUUGGUGACUAUGCC